AUGUGCUCCACUCCCAACUGUUUUGUGUACGUCCUGGUCGGGUCCUAUUUGGUUGCAGAGGUAAGGAUUGUGAUUGUUAACAAAACACAAAAUUACAACACCUUGAAGAUCGCUUGUCGAGUGGAGUUCACCAACAUUAAGUGCAAUUCUACGGAUUUGGAUUUCUCUGAUUUCGAAUAUUGUUACCUGAAGUCUGUUAACCGAAGCUACAAAUACUUAUCGGUGAAAGUCAAACUAUUUAAAAUUCCCGUUACCAAGGUCACGCUAAGCUUCGGGCUAUACAAACGACUAAGUGGAUACAGGCCAUUCCUUUACAAUUUCACUGUGGAUGCCUGCAAAUUCUUAAAACAUCGAAAAUCGUUUCCCGUCGUUAGCUAUUUUCAUGAUUUCAUCAAAGAUUUUUCCAACAUGAAUCACUCAUGUCCCUUCAAUCAUGAUAUAAUGGUGGAAAAGGCUAGCAUCGAGCACGCCAAUAACCAACUGACGAAUAUUCUGAAAUUUCCUGAGGGCGAUUACAUGGUUGAGAUGCACUUUUUGGCCUACGACAUCCGUCGUGCAGUCGUCAAAUUGUAUGUUAGUCUUUCCUAA